GGAAAGAAUCUUGGAGGGUGAGGAAUGCCCGGAUCGCGGGAUCUGAAAAAGAGGUGGGGAUCGCGCCUUCUUUGCCGGGGCCGAGGCAUAGUUUCGCGAGGAGGGUGUCGAGUUGUUUGAGGCCGCCGUGGAUAUGCGCCGGAUCGUAGGAGCUCAACUAUCUCCUCAUUAAUAUCCGAUUGCAUUCCGGUGGACAAGAGACUCACUCGAUCGAAUGCUGAAGAUAACAAACCUUCCAUUUGAAUUUGUUGGUGGUUUCGAUCGUGAACGCUGCAUGCAGUUCCCCGAUUUGGUCAGGUGGAGAUCGUGACGCAAUGAAUGCUCAGCCGCGAGAUACACAGAACAACCUUGACAAGGACGUUUGACAAGGGCAGUUGACAAUUGGCAUUGAUGAUGAUGGAUACUUCGGCUUUCUCUGAAGCCAUUCGACGAGCCUCCGUUCCCUCAAUUGACGAUUUGAAAGCGAACGCAUACAAGGCCAUGAACGGCUCUGGAUCCCAUGGCUCGAGAACGGGGUCAGAGACAGGGAGUCGAGCGAGUGAGAACGUGGAGGAUGAGGAGGAGGUUUCCCCGCCAUUGAGUUUUUAUGCGAAUAUUGCACAGGAGAGUCGGCGGUCGUGGAGUCCGCAAUCGGAAUCGAUUGUGAUGGAACCCUACACCUACCUCGACUCCCACCCCGGAAAAGAUAUUCGCUCCCUCCUUAUCUCCGCGUUCAACAUUUGGCUCCAAGUCCCCGCCCCUGCCCUCUCUAUCAUCACCUCCGUCGUGGGCAUGCUCCACACCGCUUCCCUCCUCAUCGACGACGUAGAGGAUAACGCGACGCUGAGACGAGGCGUCCCAGUUGCGCAUGCGAUAUACGGUGUCGCGCAAACCGUCAAUACCGCGAACUACGUGUAUUUCCGAGCCCUGGAGGAACUGGGAAAACUCAACAACCCCAGCCUCCUAACAAUUUUCACCGAAGAACUAUUAAACCUCCACCGCGGCCAAGGCAUGGACCUCUUCUGGCGAGAUACCCUCACCUGCCCAACCGAACCCGAGUACGUCUCCAUGGUCGCCAACAAAACCGGUGGCCUCCUCCGCCUGGCCGUAAAACUAAUGCAAGCAUCCUCCCCCACAAACACAACAGACUACGUUCCCCUCGUCAACGCAAUCGGGAUCCUCUUCCAAAUCCGGGACGACUACCUCAACCUCCAAUCACCCCUCAUGACCGCAAACAAAGGCUACUGCGAAGACCUCACCGAAGGCAAAUUCUCGUUUCCGAUUAUUCAUGCUGUGAGGGCCGAUCGUGGGAACCGACAGAUUUUGAAUAUUCUGAAGCAGAGGACGGGGGAUGUGGAGGUUAAGGCGUAUGCGGUAAAGUAUAUGAGGGAGGAGACGAGGAGUUUUGAGUAUACUUUGGGGGUGUUGGAGGUGCUGUUCAAAGGCGCCAGGGAGGAGGUUAGGGUGAAGGGUGGGAAUAAGGCAUGCAUGAGCAAGGACUCUUUCUGGGCUUUUUAAGAUGGGAUUCAGUCUCUUUUCUUUUAUGGCUUUUGAGGUGCGACUGGCAGGGACGGUUCGUUAUUGGUAUCACCACACGUUAUCGCUAUACCGCAAAACACGAUAUGGUUUAUCACGAGGACUUUGUGGAUCUAUGAUACAGGAACAUUGAUAGACUUCAGACCGAAUCUGCUGACCCAAGACGAUAUCCCGUAACCCUCGCUCCUGCACGCGUUUUCUGAAGUGCUGUCCGUUCUUCGCGCGCGGAGUCGACCGUGCGAAAUCCGCA